UAAGGGACAGUCGGCGUGGCUGUGGAGGAUCCUGGAGGAACAGUAAAUCCCGGCCCCGGAUUAAUCUCCUCUCUGCGGCGUUUCCUGCCCGGAUCCCCGGAGAUGAACAGCGUCGGGGAGGCCUGCACGGAGCUGAAGCGGGAGUACGACCAGUGCUUCAACCGCUGGUUCGCGGAGCACUUCCUGAAGGGGGACCGGAGCGGGGACCCGUGCACCGAGACCUUCCGGAAGUACCAGCGCUGCGUGCAGAAGGCCAUCAAGGAGAAGGACAUCCCGAUCGACGGGGUGGAGUUCAUGGGGCCCAACAAGGACAAACCUGAGAGCUGAUGGAGCGGAGGAACGGAUUCUGGUCCGGUUCUGAUCCGGAGCCAUGAGGCCCGCAGCCGGCAGCUGACUGGAUCAGCGGGUCCCCGGAGCUUUGGGUUGUUCUUCACUCACACCUGGACUGGACUGAACUCCAGUCCUGGUUGGACUGCAGGUGACCGAGUCCAGAUCUGUGAGACUGAGCAGGACCACGUCUCUGACCAGAUCUCCGCUUCCGGUUCAUUUUCUGCAUUAAAACUGAUAUUUUUGUGCUUUUGUUGCUGUAGCCUGCUCAUCACUUCACUUCCAGCUUCAACCCAAACCGCUGAUCGGUUUGGAGAUAAAUGCAUGUUGCCGGUUCUGAUUGUUUGAAGGUGGAUCUGCUCGGAUACACCAGUUUUUACCUGGAGCAGGAUGUCUGCCACACGCUGCGGGCUCCACGUUUCCACCCCAGCAGGGGAAAGAGAAAUUCACCCCAUUUUAAGUCAUAUUCAGAUAUCAUCUGAAUAUUUGUUUGACGUGUUUUUGUUGUUGCAUAAUAUGUAGUUUAUGAAUAAAAUUCUUGGUUAAUCUUUA